AUGGAUCCACGGUACAACUGGCCGCCCCAGGCCCGUCAGGGCUAUCCAAAUGGCCAGCAUGUGCCUUCGUCGCAACCACCAAACGGCUAUGCGCCCAAUGGAUACAGCAUGCCAUAUGGGUCGCAACCUCCGCCAAUGCAGCAGGUCUUUCCUCCUGCGCAACCAGGGCAGAUGCAUCCGAGAGUCGUCAUCCCAACUCGUCCAACCCAGCAGUCGCCCCCGCAAACCGCACCGCAACCACGAUACAUGCAACCACAAGUACACAUGCCGCAGCGAAAUCCCAACAUGAUGCCGCAGCUGCAGUAUCCGCAAAUGCGGCAAAAUCAGAUACCUGGUCACGGUGGACAGGUACCGGUUCAGCGCACAAGCAGCGGCGCGGCCAUUGAUCUUCGAGGACAGCAGCAGCGGCCCGCGCAAACACCAGCGAAGUCUGCGCACAGAUCGCAGUCGUUUCAAGAGAAUACCCCGAGAACACAGCAGCGGCCGGUCGAUACUCCCAUACAGAACCAGAACCAACAUCGUGCGCCGCUGCAGCCACAAGGGACGCCUGCCCACGCUCGCACACCAACCGCUCAGUCACGGAGUCCGUCCGUAAUCCAAACGCCCUCUCAAGCUCGAUCGCACCCUCAGGUCGUCAUCAAGAACAAGCCUUCCACGCAGUUACAGACACCCACAAGACCACAGCAUGCGCCUGCAAGACCACUCCCAGCUGACCUCAUGGUACUCAUACUCUCCGCAGCAGAUGAGUACAUUGCUGCGGCGCGGAGUCUCGGAUCAACCGCUGCUAUGACAUUGAGGCCCGCUGAUCUGGAUCAAUACUACAAGCUCAUGGCGACGGCAAUGGGUUGCAUGGAAACCGUCCUGAAGAAGUACAACCAGACACCGCGGGACGAGGCAAUCCUGAGGUUGAGGUAUGCUAGCCUUCUAGUUGAAGAGACGGAUAAUACCCAAGAUAUUGAAGAGACUCUGGCGAAAGGGAUCACGCUUUGUAACCGAAGUCGAUUGACCGAUCUGAAGUAUGCUAUGCUACAUCUACAAGCCCGCUAUCAAUUCAAGAGCAAUCAUCGCGCAGCCCUCAAACUGCUGGAUAAACCCAUUGGUGAAGCCGACACCUUCAAGCAUAUAGUUUGGGUGUAUGCCUUUCGUUUCUUGAAGGUGUCCCUUGCACUCCAAGUCCCUGGGCGGCCAGAAACAUCUUCGGCGCUUCAGCAAUUACAUGCAGUAGCCGCUCUCGCUGAGCGGCAAGGGGAUAGAGCCAUUUAUGUCACUUGCUGUGCCUUGGAAGCCAUGAUCCACCUGCGCUCGAGUGCUGCAGAUCGUCUGGAGCAAGCUCAACGUGCCAUUGCUUCCGCAAGAAGCCUUCAGCUUGAGCUCUCUGUCAAACAGUUGGGUUCAAUAACCAUUUUGAUCGACUACAUCGACGUUGCAUGUAGCAUUCAGCAGGGGCAGCCCAGCCAGGAGAAGCUCACAGCUCUGCAGGGCAAGGUAGACCAGAAUGUCAAACCUGACAACGGGGCCUUUUCCGUACUUAUCGAGAGAAGCUCAACAAACCCGAACUUGACCUUCAACACUGGCGGCGUCUUUCGCAAGGCCGGCGAUGGCCGCGACGAGUUGGUCUUUGCUUGGUUACCACAAAGUGACUUCGGGAUGCUGGCCUAUUAUCUCAGUGGCUUGGUAGUUGUGACUAAAGACAAGGGUACCAAAUACCUGCAGGAGGGACAUGCUCUCACUCAAGCUGCUAUACAGCGCUCCUCUUCAUUUCCGGUCUCGGUGCCCAAGUCCCUGGAACAGCGAAACUGGAUCAAGGUGCUCGAUUGGCAUAUCAAAUAUACUCUUGGCAUCGCGGCAUGUUACCAUGAGGACAUUGCAACGGCCCAGACUGCCAUGUCAAUGCUUCAUGAGCGCUCUUCUGGACUCCCCUUUAAACGACUGGAGUCCUACGCUCGUGCCCUAACGUAUCUAUCUGGCAUGGUUGACCAGGCCAAAGGAUCGCUCGACUCAGCCUUGGGCACCUAUUCAGGCCCCGAGUUCGACCUACCGGGUGCCGAUUCCGGUACCAAUUUUUAUACAGACAUCGCUCUGCUAGCAGCAAUGAACAGGAUGCUCAUCAUUCGAGAUCCCUCACACCCUCAGCAUUACCUAGCGCAAAUUCUGUUCGCGCAGCUGCAGCCUCUGUGCCUCAACCAUCCAAACCAAUCCAUUGACUGCGCGUUCCGCAUCAUCCAGGCCAUCACCCAGGAAGAGUCAAUUAAGGGCCACAAGACGCUGAUACACACGACUACGAACAGGGCGCAGAGGCUCGGAAAUGCUCAAUUCGUCUCAAUGUGUCUGAACUACAUGGCUAGCAAGUUCUUCGCGAAUCAGGUGGGCGACCAGCCCAUCAAGUGUGCUCGGGCGGCGAGGAAUGUCAGCAGCCAGGGCCCUGUUCUCUGGCGGGCCGUCGCUUGGGGCGUGUGUAUCGAUACUUUCAAGCGCAACGGCCUGCUUGAGGACGCACACAACUGCCAGAUCGCAUUCGAGGCGAUUCGCGAUAGAUUGCCUCCGACUUUGAGGGGCGAGGCACUUGAUGCGGAUGGCGAUGACGUAGUCGAGUAG